UUGGCAAGCAAAAACAACGCAAGCACAAAUUUGCCCAUCCGCUGUUGGCGCAGUCCAGUCUAUCACAAAUUAUAAAACAAAAUUUUCGUUUAUCUCUCUCAAAACUACUAAAAAAAAUAAAUUGCAAGCGCAGUGUCGUUUCAAUUUAAUAAUAAAACAAAAAAUCCAAUCUAAUAAAAAAAAACAAAAAGUGAACAAUGGCUUUGGUGAAAGAUGCUAGAUUUGUUGUAAGCCGUUUCGGUGCUUUUGGUCGACAGAUUCGCGCAGUUUCGACCACCUCUAAAUCUCUAUCUGCCCCAGAAGCCCAGGAGAAAAAGGAACCCCUAAUUAAAACUUUCCAAAUCUAUAGGUUCUGCCCAGAUGCUCCCGACAAGAAACCUUACAUGCAAACCUUCGAGGUCAACUUGAGGGAAUGUGGUCCAAUGGUGCUGGAUGCUUUGAUUAAAAUCAAAAACGAAGUCGACCCAACUCUGACUUUCCGCAGAUCAUGCCGCGAGGGUAUUUGCGGAUCAUGUUCGAUGAAUAUCGGUGGAGUAAACACAUUGGCUUGUAUUAGUGAGAUCGACACAAACCUCUCCAAGCCAUUGAAGGUUUAUCCAUUGCCUCAUAUGUAUGUGUUGAGGGAUUUAGUUCCAGAUUUGAACAACUUCUACAGGCAAUACAAUUCCAUUCAACCUUGGUUGCAACGCAAAAAUGAAGCCACUGAAUCCAAGGGUAAGGCACAAUACUUGCAAUCUCUUGAUGAUCGUCAAAAAUUGGAUGGCCUAUACGAAUGUAUUUUGUGCGCAUGUUGUUCAACUGCAUGUCCAUCUUACUGGUGGAACGGUGAGAAGUACCUCGGACCAGCUGUUCUCAUGCAAGCCUACCGUUGGAUUAUCGAUUCUCGUGAUGAAAACACCAACGAACGUCUCAAUCAACUCAGAGAUCCCUUCAGUGUGUACAGGUGUCAUACAAUCAUGAACUGCACACGUACCUGUCCCAAGGGCUUGAACCCUGGACGUGCUAUUGCCGAAAUCAAGAAAUUGUUGUCUGGCUUGGCUAAGAAACCAGAACCCACCAUGGAAACUGCAGCUUUGCACAAGUAAAGAUGCACCUCGCAUAUUGUUCUAUAUAACGCAGACACCUUUUCUUACUUUCUCCAAUGUAUGUAUGUUUUUCUAAGACUGCACUGCUGUACUUAGUUUGGUCAUCUCAAUAAUCUAUUUUCAAUUUUCAAACAGAUGUAAUUUAUUUUGAUUUAAAGAAAAAAAAAACUAGCCGAAGUGUGAAGGAUGUUUUAACUGAAAAUAAUGAUAUUCAAUAAAUU